CACUAUUUUGACGGUGUUCACAUUGACUGAGACGCACAUAACCUAGAUAUUAAAUGUUUAAAAUCUGUUUUUACCAAUUUCGGUAGUUUUUUUCUAAAAAAUCUAAAAACUAAUAAAAAAUUUCACAUUGUAACUUAAAAUGUUUAUACCAGACGGUUAUACAUCUAGCGAAAACUCCGAUGAGGACGAUAUCGAAUACUAUGGUCUACAAAAGGACAUUCCUGCAGAGCUUACAAAUGAAGAAAAACACGCUAAAUUAUUGAACAAUCUCUUUAGUUAUGUACAGAUGGGUGAUAUUGAGAAAACUAUUGCAUUAUUGGAUGAUAACAAUUUGGAAGUUGAUGUACCUUUACACCAAGACUGGACUGCACUUAUACUGGCUGCAUCUUAUGGACACUAUGAACUAACAAAACAUUUGAUUCAUAGGGGUGCAGAUAUUAAUCAAGUGAAAGAUAUGAUGUCUGUUUUGAUGCAUGUUUGCAAUGUAUCAAAAUAUAAUCCAAACUAUGAAAAAGCAGUUGAUUUGGUAAAACUGCUAGUAGAAAACAAGUGUGAUGUAAAUUACAAAAAUAACAAGAGAAUGACUGCUUAUCUCUUUGCUGCAAGUCAUGGAAAUAUUGAUAUAAUUAAAUAUUUACGCCGAUAUUGUGAUACGGAUGCUGCUGAUAAUCAAGGAUGGAAUGCACUAUUUUAUGCGAUAAACGAUAAUCACUACAAAUUAGUAAAAUACUUAUUAAAAAUGGGUAUGGAUCAUAAAAAGCACGAUGUCCGUCAUAAUAUGCCAUUGUUUUACGCAAGACAAAAUUCUUUUCGAAAAGUUGAAGAAUUGUUGACUCUUGAUGCAGAAGUCAAAGAAAAACAAUAUGAAACUUAUUUGUGUGAAACAUAUGACUACAAAACAGAAAUUGCAAAUCCAAAAUUUAUGAAAGAUGUGAAUAUAAUGUUGUAUGGAAUGAAUUGUGGGUCGAUGUUGUCGACAUUUCACGAACGACCUAUGAAUCUCUUUAAAUUUCUCACAUUGACCAGAGAGGAUUUGAUUGCAAUGGAUGUGACAAAACCAUAUCAAUUGAACAGGAUUCUUGGAGGACUUUAUCAAUUUCAUGGGCAUCCAUUUAAAUACAAAUCCAUUCCGCAUGUUGAGAAAAAUUCUAUAUUAUUAACAUAUGAUAUUGGCUUCACAAUGUUCAGUGCAGUCAGACAUUAUGUAACGAUGCAAGCCACUCUAAAAUAUUUACGAUUAAACGUAAAAGUUUGGGAUGAUAAAGUUAUAACAGAUAUUGAAGUGAUUGAGAAACAAAUGAAGAAUGCAAGAAAACUGAUUAAACAAUUACAGGCACGUUGUACCCGCUGGGAAAAGGAGAAUGCCCGAGUGGAUAAGAUUACCUAUCCAAGUAAACAAAAAACAAACAAAUUUGUUUACUUCGUGCCUGUUAUCACCGCCAUUUCGAUUGUCUGGUAUUUCAAGUAUCGUGUGUGAGCGCACAAGAAUAAAAAACGAUGUUUAAUAUACAAUAAUAAUUUAUUCUCUUCUAUACAAUA